AAAUCUAAACAAAUCAUCAAGGAAAAAUUUUUGACAAGCUGACAAGUGACCAGGAAAAACUAAAAAAUUUUCUCAUAAAUUGCACUUAUUGCUAAAGAAUUCAUCUUCGGCGGAGCUUAUUCCCAAGUUUCUUUGUGUUUUCCCUAGUGUUUGUGUGUAUAUGCAUCAUCAAAUUUGUGAAAUUUCAAUCAAGUUGUGUAGUUUUUCACGCUAGUUUUCCAAUUCGAACGUCAUGAUAUUAACUGAUUUGCCUGAGCACAUCCUGAGACAGAUUUUCUCCUACAUGAGUUACGAUGAAAUUGCCAAAAACCGAAUAAUUUGUAGACAGUUCAACCAGUUAGGAUGGCACUUGCUUAACAAAGGAUUCAAUGCUGCUGAAGAAUAUCAGCGUUCUUCUCUAAAAGCCGUCAAAUUGCUCCUUCCACGAAGAGAAUCUGAAAGAAGGAAACAUCCGCUAUCAAAAAAAUGCGAUAUUCUGACCGCAAUUGAAACUCGAUUGUCUAUGCUGUCUAUGGCAUUUAGCAGAUUUAUCGAAACGAAACUAUGUUGUUUCAUUCCUGGAAAGGUCAUUGAUGAACUGUUUCGAGUCAUGAGAUCUCUUGACGACAUAUUCAGCGGAUGCUGUGAACCUCAGCCACCACUUCAGAUUUUACAAGAACUACGAGAUGUAUCUACUAUGGCUAUGGAAUAUUUCGAAGAUAAAAUUGCCCCAGAUUUGCGAAAGAAAGAAAUGGCUGCGCUUACAUCCCAAAGAACAUUCACCGUUUUUAAUGUAUCCAAUGAAUUAGCGUCUACAUCCAGUAAUGAAAUUAGUAAUUAUGAUUUUCAUUUGAAACCCUCUUCAGUAUUAAAACGACAGUCUAUUGAAAAAAUGGUGAAAGAAUACUGCGCUCGAUACCAAAAUGAUGACAUUCGCUGUAAAAAUAAAAAAAAGAAAGAAGCUGUCGAAAGAAAAAAAUUAUCCAGGCUGACGAAAAUUGUGCGCCAACAAGGAAAAUCGAUUAAAGAAUUGACCGAAGCGAUUAACGAACAAUCUGUUCGUCUCAGUAAUAGUGAAGCAGUCAUCAAUGAUUUGAAGAGACAGCACGAUGAGUGGAAACACAAUGUAUCUCAGAAGUUUAGUAACUUAAUGGAUAUAUCUCCUGAAGAGAGCGUUCCAUUCAAUAUUAAUUCGCCUUCGGGCUCGAAACAAAAAGUUAGUACGGAUGAAAAAGCUGAAGAAUCGGUCUCGAAAAAAAGAAAAUACUCAGGGACUGUAUCUCAACAGGACACCGCGCCCGCCAGUUCUGAUCUAUUCACUGCUCAGUGAUUACUCCUUGAAUAUAUAACUUUUACCAUGUCUGAUCGUAGUUAUCGAGACUUGUCCCUAAUAGCGAUGUAUGGAAGCCAAAAAUCAACCUUAUGUUUUAUAAAAUAUUUGAAUUUAUUGGUUUAUUUUUUAUUACUUUUUUUUUUUUUACAAAUCAGUUUCAAAGUAGAGGACUAAUAUUGUUGUAAAAUAUGUAGUAUAAAUUUGAUAGCGUGAAACACAUUUUUGUGACUUGAAAUCAAAUACAUUUAGAUUUAGUCGAUUUUGCACAAUAUUUGUGUUCAAUUAAUACGAGUUAGUUUCAUUUGUAUCUAUAAUGUACAUCCGUAAUAAAUUAGCAUGUUCAUUUAUUUAAAAAAGAAAAACACAUCUUUGUAUUUCAAAUUUCAAUAAAAAUUAUAUAAUUC